AUGGAUUUGGCCAACCAUGGACUUAUUCUGCUGCAGCAACUAAAUGCUCAGAGAGAGUUUGGUUUCCUGUGUGACUGCACGGUUGCAAUCGGUGAUGUCUACUUCAAGGCACACAAGUCAGUCCUUGCUUCUUUCUCCAACUACUUCAAGAUGCUCUUUGUUCAUCAAACCAGUGAAUGUGUCCGUUUGAAAGCGACUGACAUACAGCCAGAUAUCUUCAGUUAUCUCUUGCAUCUGAUGUACACCGGGAAGAUGGCACCACAACUCAUUGACCCAGUUCGACUAGAACAAGGAAUAAAGUUUCUGCAUGCGUAUCCGCUCAUUCAGGAGGCCAGCCUUGCGAGUCAGGGAACUUUUUCUCACCCGGAUCAAGUUUUUCCAUUAGCAUCUUCAUUAUAUGGCAUUCAGAUUGCAGAUCACCAGAUAAGACAUCCCACUAAGGUUACAUCAGCAACUGACAAACUCGGGCGAGAACCAAGGCCACAGACUUCACGGAUGACCCAAGAGCAGGUUUCGGAAGGCUCACAGCUCUCGCAGUUAGCUACAACUAUGCCACAAGUGACCCGGACAAAUAUGACCACUUCUGACCCCUUGCCAUCAUCUUUAUCCCCGGAAUUGGUAUCCGCUGCCGGUAAUAAUUCACCUGCAGGAGAAGAGGCCAACAUGGAAGCAUCUUCUUCAGAUGAACAGCCUACUUCGCUCACAAUAGCACACGUCAAGCCGAGCAUUAUGAAAAGGAACGGGAGCUUCCCAAAAUACUAUGCCUGCCACCUCUGCGGUCGACGGUUCAACUUGCGCAGUAGUUUGCGUGAGCACCUGCAGAUCCACACAGGAGUUCCCUUCACAUCGAGCCAGCAGGGAGAAAGUAAUAUUUCUUUGUCUCUCUGUAACAACACAGCUGAAAAAGAUGCCAUGGAAGUGCCUGAAGCCGGGAUGAUUAGUGACAGUGAGCUGCAGCAGAUCUCAGACUCUCCAAUAAUUGAUGGGCAGCAGCAAUCAGAGACACCGCCCCCCUCGGAUAUUGCAGACAUAGACAACUUGGAGCAGGCAGAUCAAGAGCGGGAAGUAAAAAGACGGAAAUAUGAAUGUUCCAUCUGUGGGCGCAAAUUUAUUCAGAAAAGCCACUGGAGGGAGCACAUGUACAUACACACUGGCAAACCCUUCAAGUGCAGCACUUGUGACAAAAGCUUUUGUAGGGCUAACCAGGCUGCCAGACAUGUGUGCCUAAACCAGAGCAUGGACACGUACACGAUGGUGGACAAACAGACUCUGGAACUCUGUACUUUUGAGGAAGGCAGUCAAAUGGACAACAUGCUAGUACAGACCAACAAGCCCUACAAAUGUAACUUGUGUGACAAAACAUUUUCAACUCCCAAUGAAGUAGUCAAACAUUCGUGCCAAAAUCAAAACUCUGUCUUUACGCUAGAAGAAGAUCGCUCCAUUCUGCUAGGUGGUGGGGACACAGAAGCCACAGAGACUGAUAACGCAGUGUUAGCCUCCAUCAAAAAGGAGCAGGAAGCAGUGUUGUUAGACUGA